CGACGGAUUUGUCGGCAAGGCGAAGAUUACGCGUCAACGUCCAGUUUAGUUCAACGAAUCAGCCUGAGCCAACACCACCACACAACUCUUGAAAGCACUCUCUUGUCUCUCUCUUGCUCACAUUCCAUCCAACUCUCGAGGUAUGUCUACAUCCGAGAACAAAGUUGAAAUCGUUGACAGAGCUCACAAGGAGGAGGAUGAAAAAGAAGAAGAAGGUAAAGGUGGAUUCCUAGACAAUGUCAAAGGUUUCAUUCACGACAUCGGCGGGAAGAUACAGGGAACCGUUGGUUUCGGGAAGCCAACAGCUGACGUCUCCGCCAUUCACAUCCCCAAGAUCAAUCUCGAGAGAGCAGACAUUGUCGUAGACGUGCUCGUCAAGAACCCCAACCCUGUUCCCAUCCCUCUCAUCGACAUCGACUACUUGAUCGACAGUGACGGGAGGAAACUCGUCUCUGGACUGAUCCCUGACGCUGGAACCAUCAAGGCGCAUGGAGAAGAAACCGUCAAGAUACCGCUGACUCUGAUCUACGACGACAUCAAGAGCACUUACAACGACAUCAACCCCGGGAUGAUCAUACCUUACAGGAUCAAAGUUGAUCUCAUCGUCGACGUGCCUGUCUUGGGGAGGCUCACGUUACCGUUGGAGAAACGUGGAGAGAUCCCGAUCCCGAAGAAACCUGAUGUCGACAUCGAGAAGAUCAAGUUCCAGAAGUUUUCUCUGGAAGAGACCGUGGCGAUACUCCACGUGAGGCUUGAGAACUUGAAUGAUUUUGACUUGGGGGUUAAUGACUUGGACUGUGAGGUGUGGUUGGCUGAUGUGAGUAUUGGGAAGGCAGAGAUAUCUGACUCUGUAAAGCUUGAUAAAAACGGGAGUGGGUUGAUUAAUGUGCCGAUCACGUUCAAGCCAAAGGACUUUGGGUCUGCGCUUUGGGAUAUGAUACGUGGUAAAGGAACUGGGUACACUAUUAAAGGUAAUGUGGAUGUUGAUACACCGUUUGGAGGUAUGAAGCUUCCUAUUAUCAAGGAAGGUGGUGAGACUCGUUUGAAGAAGGAAGAUGAUGAUGAUGAUGAGGAAUAAGGAAAAGAGGUCAGGAGAAUGAGGGCUGAGUCUCUGAUGUUUAAAAAUAAUGUGUAAAAGUUAAAUGAAAGACUUGUUUGUUGUGUGCUUUGUGGUGGGAUCAGACUUUUGAACAGAGCUGUCUCUGGACUUCUUAUUAUCAUCGUGGUCCGGUUUUAUUGGUUAUGUUUUGUUUAAA